CAGAAAACAAUUCAUUAUUUUCCUCAAGAUACACAUCGUGAACAAUAAUGGCAAUGACCAAGAAACUAAUCAUAACACUUCUCCUUCUCAUCUCCAUAGCUUUCGUCCAUUGUUUGGCCUUCCAUGUGGAGCUCGAAGAGUUCAAGCCACCGCAGCAAGAGGAACAAGAUGUUCAUGGCGGGGGCGGCUCAAGCAAGGGAUGGCAGGAGGAGUUAUCGGAGUUUCCCUACCACUUUAAGAAGCAGAGUUUCAAGAAUUGGUUCCAAUCGAAGGAAGGUUUUGUGAAAAUGUUGCCUAAGUUCACAAAACGUGCACCGAAUCUCUUCCGUGGGAUCGAAAACUACAGAUUCUCGUUGUAUGAGAUGGAGCCAAACACUUUCCUUGUGCCUCUCCACUUGGAUGCCGAUUCUGUGGUGAUAAUACUACAAGGUCAAGGAGUCGCUGAGUUUGUGACGGCUAAAACAAAAGAAUUGUUUCACUUAACCAAAGGUGAUGUGGUAAGACUCCCUUCCGGCAUCACCCACUUUGCCAUCAACACUAACCAGACCGUUCCUCUUCGCUUCGCCAAGAUCACCAUCCCCGUCAACAUCCCCGGCCAGUUCCAGAAUUACUUCUCUGCUCCAUCCCAGUUUCAGCAAUCCUAUUUCACAGGGUUCAGCAAAGAAGUCCUCUCUGCCAGUUUCAACAUACCGGAAGAGUUGGUAGGGAGAAUAUUUUUUGGGUCACAACAAAUGGGACAAGGGAUUUUGCGAAGAAUUACUCCAGAGCAGAUCAAGGAAAUUACCGAAAAUUCUACUUCUCGUUCAAACAAAGACAAAGACAAGAGCACGAAGUUUAGCCCUUUCAAUCUCUUUACACACGAUUCAGUUUCAAGCUACACCAACGACUUUGGUCAUUUCCACGAGGCACAACCUGACAGUUUUGAUCAAAUCCAAGACCUUCAAAUCGCCGUCACAUGGACCAACAUGACACAGGGUUCCGUGUUCCUUCCUCAGUAUAACUCUAAGGCAACGUUUGUUACGUUCGUGGAGAAUGGUUGUGCCCGCUAUGAGAUGGCUUCUCCGUAUUCAUUCCAAAGAGAGCAACAACAACAACAAUGGUGGCCUGAACAAGGAGGAGAAGAGGAAGAAGAUAUGAGUGGACAAGUACACAAGAUUGUCUCAAGAGUGUGUAAAGGCGACGUCUUUAUCAUUCCGGCAGGUCAUCCAUUCACUAUAGUCUCACACGACGAAAACUUUGUCUCGGUAGGGUUUGGUAUUUAUGCAUCCAACUCCAUAAGAACGUUCCUUGCAGGGCAAGGGAAUGUGUUGAGCAACCUCGACACGGUAGCCACGAGAGUGGCGUUUGGUGUAAGAAGUAAAGUUGCGGAGAAACUUUUCACGAGCCAAAACUAUUCCUACUUUGCGCCUACUACUCGUAGCCAUCAACAAACUUGAGAGAAACGCGAGCCAUCGUUCCUAUCAAUCUUCAGCUUCGCUGGUUUCUGAGAAUGCGUUUACAAGUUGCUACGAAUGAAAAGGUUUGGUAUAUAUAUCUGGCGAUGUAAUAAAAAUAAAAAUAAAAACGGAGGAUUGGUAGACUUUGCUUUUGGAGCUUAUUAUAUAUGAAAAGGUUUGGUAUAUAUGUUCUA